GAUCCGUGAGCACUGCCCCGGGGAUGAUGAGAGCACUCGACUUUUACCAGUGGCUCCUGGCAGUUGGAGCUGGGAUCUUAAUAUAUUCAUUCUUGCUCAGCAUCCAGGUGCUUCCUAAUAGUCCAUUGACCCCAAGCCAUCUUAAAAGUGUGGAUUCACAGAGCAGUGAGAAGGCCGGCACAGCUCUCCCAGCGACAAACAGCUCCGCACAGCUCCAGGGUCAAACCUCAGGAGAUUGUUCGCGUGGGGGCACCGGCUGUCCUUCUCCUCGUACAGGGCAGGACGCUGACCGACACUCCAAAGUGGCUUCCUCUCCCAGUCCAGACAGCUGGGGAAACCUGCUCAUGGGUAAAUUGCUGGAAGAGAAUCAGGAAGAGCGGCUCUCGACUCUCACCACAGAGUGCAAGCAGCUCAGGGAGAGGGGCAUCUUGCCGCAGUCGCCAUCGCCACGCGUCCAGGAGUGGCUCGCAUCCCGCAUCUAUGUGGCCGACCGCUAUGCAUUUAUGUACUGUGAGGUGCCCAAGACCGGCUGCACCAACUGGAAGAGGACCUUCCUGGCGCUGAUGGGGAACAUCAAGUCGUCCAAGGUGAUGACGCAGAAUCAAGUGCACAACUUCAACUAUACAAAGCUGAGCUCGUUUGACACCUCUGGUCAGCGCUCGCGGCUAGAUAACUACACGAUGGUGAUGUUUGUGAGGGAGCCCAUGGAGCGCCUCGUGUCCGCCUACCGAGACAAGUUUCUGCACUCCAAGCACUACAAGAAAGUGUAUGGACGAGCUAUCAUUUCGCACUACAGGAAGAACCCCAGUCGCAUGUCCCUGACAGGCGGUCACGACGUAACUUUCCCCGAGAUGGUGCGCUUCAUCCUCGACCCCGAGCGCCCUCUGGGGCAGGACGUGCACUGGCUACCAGCUCACCACCUGUGCCAGCCCUGUCUGCUGCGCUACGACUACCUCGGCAAAGUGGAGACUUUGGGGCGCGACGCGGCCGAAUUGCUGGCGCGCGUGAGGGCACCGGAAUCGGUGUUUUACUCGAGCCCAAAAGACAAACGCUCUUCUGCGUCACUCACCGGAUACUACCUGGCACAGCUGAGCUCGAAAGUGAGACAGCAGCUUUACACAUUCUAUUAUGGAGACUACAAGCUCUUCGGAUAUCCACUGCCAUCUGACAUGAACAUUUGAAGGCACCAUAACUCAGUUAUCUUCGAACUGAACACCACAUUUAAUAUAAACUAGAUAUUUUGCUUAAUUGGUAAUGUUUAACCAAGUAUCUGCAUUUUAAGGUUCCUGCAUGAAGAUAAUUUCCACCAAACCACACAGAGCUGACCAACAUAGACAAACGUGGUCUCACAUAGCCCCAUGAUCUAUAUGGCAUGCGGGGUUUCUUAUAACAUUGGGAAGAUUGUAGAAACGCAAUCAUUACUUUCAUCGAAAAGUUAAACCUAGCUUUUGCUCAGAU